AUGCGUUUUUUAUCUGCUAGUUGCCUAUUCUUGAUCUCGCAUGUGCAGGAGCUUAAUUUUAUUUUCAAAACUCUUUUUCCUUCUCUAUUUUCAUAUGCACAGAUAGAUCUUGCUGGUUGCUGCAAUCGAGAUCGAGUACACAUGCAGCUUGCUGUUUCUGCAUUGGGCGUUGUUGGUGCAGUAAUGAACCUAACCGCUGGUGCUGGUCCCAUGGUGUGGAUAUCUAUCAUCUGGGAAGAUUGGCUAGAGCAUCUUGUGUUGUGCCUCCUUCUGUUUAGGUGCCAUGGUGCUCCUCGACAAGAUUGGCUAGGCAUUAGAGGAUUUGAGGUGGACACCAUGAUCUCCAUUGACAGUGCCAUCUUUUGGCAGCACCCAUCAUCACCAUUAGAAGUUUAGGGAUAAUUUCCCUUGAUCAUCACUUCAUGGAUUUCAUGCAGAGAGCAUAUGUUGUACAAUAGAUUCUGAGUUUUAUGAGAGGAUGGUAUAUAGAGACCUUCUGUGUGUAGAUUCUUAUGAAAGUGUAAGUUCGGUGUGGCAUAACAGAAAUAUGACUCCACCUUUGUGUGUUUAUAGUAAUUAUGAACCGGCUUAGAAAAAAUGUGUGGUGCCUGUAAGCUCAUGGUCCUAAAUCAGACAUUUUAUGUUUUGUCUCGUAGUUUCUGAUGUAAAGAAUAUUUAGUUUAAUCUA